CAAACAUUCAGGCUCACAGUCCAUCAGCUGCUGGUUACCUGCCGUGAAACAAACUGACUGGGAGUCAUUUGGACAGCGAAGAUGAAGCUGUCGGUGUUGUUGCUGCCGACCCUGCUGGCUCUGGCCUCAGCUGCUCUGCAGGACAUUGACAAGAGAACAGAGCAGAGAAACGUUUCCCCACAGAGCCUCGUUCUCAAGGGCAGUCCUCAAGCUUCGACGACACAUGCAUCGAUUCUAAGUCUUUCUAGGACGAAGCAGAAGAGACCAGUUCAGUCUUCCUCUGUUGUGACUGACGAUGGCUCCAUCCUGGAGUGGGCGAUCUGGAACAACUCUCUCCCCAACGACACCGUCUCAAUUUACAACGACUAUGUCAGUCGUGUUGAUUAUAUCUGCAAAUACAAUUGUGAGGUCGGCUUCUACACCCCCAGCUUGGGUCCUUAUUGCAACUAUCCCCUAAAGGGAAAAGCAUAUCAAGGCUCCCCUUUUCAGAUCCUGGUGAACAAAGACAACUUUGAGAUCUUGGAGUGGAAGGAUGGUUCGUCCGGGUCAGUGCCAAAGUCUGCGUUCCGGACCUGCCCUGGAGAGGAGGUCUACGUAGGCAAGAACAAAUAUGGGCUUGGGAAGGUGGUGACCAAAGAUAAGGUCUUCUACUUGCCUUGGAAGGAUAGUGAAUAUUCGUAUAAAGGCUACAAGGUCCUGACCAUCAAUGAGAAUAUAAUCAGCCAGCAGAUUGACAAUGUGGUGUACUACACUGAUAAGUCUAAAAUCAUCAGCUAUCCUCCUGAGAUCAUACGUGAAACAGCCAUCACCAACUACGAAUGCAGCCCAGUGGUGAAAACAGACAGCCUCUCCAAGACGUAUCAGGUGGAGCAGACGUGGGACAACACCUACUCUGUCAAGUUUGGUGUUAAAACCAGCAUCAAAGCAGGCAUCCCAUUCAUCACCGAAGCCGGCGUUGAGAUCAGCACUGAUGUGACGCUGCAGUUCACCAGGAGAGGCUCGGUGGUAGAAUCCAUCAUUGAUAAGGUUUCUGUGCAGAUCAACGCUCCCCCAAACCGCACCUGCACUGCAACUAUGAUGCGUUACAAGUACAAACUCAACGUUCCUUUCACAGCACGCCUCAGCCGCACAUACGGCAAUGGUGAAGUCAAAACGCUGUAUAUCACCGGGACGUAUGACAGCAUUCAGGUUGGGGAGGUGCGAGCCGUGGUUCACCGAUGUGAACUUGUGACCAACGCCAACCCGUGCCCCUAAAAGACCGACAGAGACAUGGAAAAAGAUAUUUUUAAACAACAUCUGAUGAAAAUUUUAAAAUGUCUCACAAACUUAGCAUGCAUGUGUCAAAAAUGACUACUAAACUUAUUUCCAAGCUGGAGAUUUUAACUGCCUUUAUAAAUAUUUAUGAAAUCUGUUUGAAUAUACAAUCACAGAAGCUAAAAUGCAAUGAUGGUAGUUGUUUAAAAGACUAGAAAUCAUACCAAUGUAGGGUAAAGCAGGGUUAGAUGUGCCCCAUCACAUUUCCCCUCCUGACCAUUAGAUAUCGUCAGUUUUGUGAUAAAUUGUGUAUGCGAUCAUCUCAUAGAGAAACAUAAGAGCUAGCCAGCAGUGAACAACGUAUUAUCUGUCUAAAAGGCUAACCAUUAUGUUAAGCUAGUUAUGUUAUGCUAUCUUUGCAUGCUGUAGCACUAGCUCAUUAGCUGACUUUGUGUUAAGCUAAUAAUGCCAUGCAAUGUUAGCUUGCUGUAGCACUAGCUAGCUUUACGAUAAGCUAAUAAUGGUACACUACAUUACUUGCUAUAGCACUAGCUAACUUUACAUUAAGCUAACUAAUAAUAGUACACUACAUUACUUGCUGUAGCACUAGCUAACUUUACAUUGAGCUAAUAAUGGUACACUACAUCACUUGCUGUAGCACUAGCUAACUUGAAUUCUUAGCUACUAUCGGCUAAACAUCCCUGCUGAUGUGACAUUAUUUCUAUGUUGUGAAUUUAAAUAUCAAUGACAGUUAAGUAAAGUUGUGACUUUGGUCCUACAGGCCCCUCAACUGUAAAUUACUUGAAUCAAAUCAUUCAAAAAGAAACAUCACAAAUAAUUUAUAUGUGUGAUAUCUAAUGUUCAUGUUGCAGUUCAAGUCGGAAUGACAUCGUAAAUUGAGAAAAUAGGGUUUGAAUGUGAACUGAAUGCUGGAUGAUCACACAAAGUGUCAAUGCAGCUCAUAACACUACGACCACUAUUAAAUUCUAACCAAGAUCCAACCGUACACUUUUGUCUGGAUGAGUUAUCGACCUGGAUGUUCAUGCUUUGUCAAUAAAAUUUUACUCUUUGUGCAAACAUGA